GUUAAAAAUGGAAUUAUGGCUCGAAAUUGACGCCGACUCAAUUGGCAGAGAUUAGUGGAAGACUGGAGUCUGUUAAGUGCUUGAGCCUGAAUACCAAUCGAAGGUAUCCCACAAAACGCCGCUGUUUGGUUGAUUUUGAAAAGUGUAAACAAAGCGAAGCAUGGCAAUUGUUUGUGUGUUUUGAAAGUUGACGUCUUUGGCGGAAGAUUUAUCGAACCACAAGGGAUCUUUUUUUUCCUAAUUUACCCACUAAGUCGUUAAGCUAUAAAAUGCAGGAGAUGUUGUGCAUGAAGAAAUUUGGGGUGAUAUUGAGACUCAAAUUUCAGUGUUGAUAUUGAAUUGUUUCGCAUUCAACAUGUCAAGUCUCGAGUUAAAAUUCCAGUAACUUUGUUCGUCAUUUUUCUGCACUGAGCUACCUGAGUGUGUCAUAAUCUAGUGGAAGAAAAUUGACUCUUUGCUAGACGAGAAUGAUGGAAAUUUUCAGUGAUACAGCUUGCAGGCAGAUAUCUCAGAUGUUCUUGGCAGUUUUGUUCUUUCAUAGUUCUGAGUAUGUUUUAGCAAUUGCCUUUCAUGGUAGUUCAAAUGUUACUCUUAAAUCACUUUUGAUUAGCAAAUACUAUCUCUUGGCGAUGGUGUUCUCAAUGGUGGAGUACACGGCUGAAUAUUUUUUCUUUCCUGGCUGGAAGGAGUACUGGUGGAUAAGCAAUGUAGGCCUUGCAAUGGUUUUAAUUGGGGAAAUCAUUAGGAAAAUGGCUAUUAUAACUGCUGGUCAAGCCUUCACACAUUUAAUUAAGAUCUACCAUGAGGAACACCACCAACUGGUUACUCAUGGAGUCUAUAGGUUUGUCCGCCAUCCUGGAUACUGCGGUUUCCUCAUCUGGUCUGUUGGCACCCAGAUAAUGCUGUGUAAUCCCAUCUCCACAAUUGGAUUUGCAAUUAUUGUAUGGAAUUUUUUUCAUGAGCGGAUACCAUAUGAAGAAUAUUUCUUGAGACAGUUUUUUGGGUCACAGUAUGAUGAAUAUGCCAAGCGAGUUCCUUCUGGGGUGCCAUUUGUAAAGUGGUAGUAUAAGGUCAUGUUGGCAGGGUAGCAACAGUCUUGCAUACUCACCUUGCUUCAUCAACAAAGUUUACUGCUGUUCUAUUAUAAUAGAGGUGAACACCUAUGAUGCUGACAGAUUGGUGGAGGUGAGAGUGACUCAUUUUUUUCACCCCCUAGCUUUAUACUCGGCUGAGAAUGUACUAUUGACAUAGUGUUUAUAAAGAUAUUUUGUUAUGGUCAGGUGCACUGUGCACUGUUAAAUUUUAUCAUUAGUCUUUUAUCAGAAACUUAUUAGACAGUUUACAAAUGUCCAUCCUUAGUAGUGUAAUGUUUCUAGACUUCCAGAUUUGUCAUCUUUUUUGCUUGGGUUGGAUAUACCUAUUAAACUUGUUAUGGACUGUAAAAGAGCAUUUUGUUAUAAGUUUUGUCACCCAUCUAUCAGAUUCAUUUACAGUUGCUGAAAA